AUGCCGCGGGUAGUUCCGGACCAGAGGAGCAAGUUUGAGAAUGAGGAGUUUUUCCGCAAGUUGAGCAGGGAGUGUGAGAUUAAAUACACUGGCUUUAGGGAUCGACCCCAUGAGGAGAGACAAGCCCGUUUCCAGAACGCCUGCAGAGAUGGACGGUCAGAAGUCGCCUUUGUAGCAACAGGAACCAAUCUCUCCCUCCAGUUCUUUCCAGCAAAUCUACAUGGAGAUCAGAGACAGGUUCCUACGAGGGAGUAUGUUGACUUUGAGAGAGAGACAGGAAAGGUCCAUUUAAAGGCUCCAAUGAUCUUGAAUGGUGUAUGCGUGAUUUGGAGAGGUUGGAUUGACCUCCAGAGGCUGGAUGGGAUGGGAUUCCUGGAAUAUGAUGAUGAGAGGGCACAGCAUGAGGACGCGUUGGCACAGGCGGCAUUUGAGGAGGCUCGACGUAGAACCAGAGAUUUUGAAGAACGAGAGCGAUCACACAGAGAGGACCUAGAGGACCCGGUGGUUUCUAAAAUCUGGGACUGA